AUGAACGAUUUAAGUCGGGAUACUCUUUUUCUUUUUAUUCCAGACAAGGUAACUGCGCUGUGUUUGGUACAAAUCAACAAAGAGUGGCUGUAUUCUACCAAACGAGUUUCUUCUUCUGGUGUUAUAACUUCAGUUAAAAGCAACCUUACCAUGUAUCCCAACUUAAGAUACAUCGAGGGCGAUGUAGAAGAUAUUGAAAACAACUCAAAACUUCUCCGAUCAGUUUUGGAAAUUUCAGUUAAAUACAAAGCGUGUUACUUCACUCGCACUGAAGCAGAAUACAAUUUCCGUCCAAAAAUAGUCUCUAUCAAGUCUGUUACAAACUGUUUUACACCUUUCACUGGCCUUCUUGGGAUGACAAACCUCCGUUCAAUCAAACUACGAGUGUCUUUUGACAACGAAGACUCUGACGACUCCGAAAAUGACAUUUCAGCUUUUGCGUCAUUUUUUGCUGCACUUAAAAAGUUGACUUCCUUGAAGACUCUCUAUCUUUACUGCAAUUUCUUUGACACGAAAAAAAUAAUUAAAAUGAUCGACCUCAAAAUAACCGUAAUUUUCCUCUUCGACGAGUUUUUCGACUUAUCAGAAAGCCUCAAAAUUAAAUUUCAAGAUCACCAAAUUACAAGGUGGUGUGCUACAAAAUCGUUCUUCGUGUUGUGUCACUCAGCUCUCCUUAAAUCGAUCCUUUUAUAUCUCAACUGA